CAUACACCGUCGCCUCCUACUAACCCAAAGACAAGGAUUUCCUUUAUAAAAUGGCGAAAAAUCCAGAAAACGUAAACAAUGAAGAUACACCCGAAGUUAAGCCAGCCGAACUUCAGACCAAGCUUUGCGAAAUCUGUGACAAAGUCGGCUCAACUCGUUGUGGCGCCUGCAAGGUCUCACGAUACUGCUCGGGAUCCUGCCAGAAGGAAGGCUGGAGCAAACAUAAGCUAGUAUGUAAAAGCUUCCAAGAAUACUCGGAUUUUGGUCGUCCGCCAUCAAAAGGUCCUGGCUCGAUCUUUCGUCGCGCUGUCCUCUUCCAUCCUGACGAGGAGAAGCCUCGCUUCGUUUGGGUGGAGUUUAAGAGAGAAGAUAUAUUUGGCGAUGGACUGCUAUACGACAACCCUCAAUUGAAAGGAUUCGGGAUUGAUGCGGGCGGUAUUCAUUACAUUCUAGAGAAUGCACGGCUCGGACGCGAGUUACCACAUUGCCUCUUGGUUCGAUAUCGAGAUAAUUUCAUGAACGAUGGAUCGAAGGUUAACAAGGCUAUCUGGAAAACGUUGAGAAGCGAUGUCAAAAAUAAAACAAGAGAUUGGAGAGGUCCAGUUCUGGUGUAUGGUCUAGAAGGGGUAGAUCAUGAGCCAGUACCGAGCAUCGACCUUGACACCAGUGACUUCAGAGACAUUGUGGAUUGGUUGAACACUCGCGAAUGAAGACACGUAUAACAUCUUCAACGCUUAGUCUUGCAGCUCUGUACAACUUUCCAUCCUUCAUAGACUGCAGUUGUCCUUCAGGAUGCCCCAAUCGCUCACGAUCGCGAUCGGACAUCGCGCCAAGCUCCCCACCCGAUAAUCAUCAAGGAACACUA